AUGGCUGACGAGUCGUUUGCUUCGACAUCUUCGAUCGACUCGUCUGUUUUUUUAACACCUCGUCGUCCUUUCGAUGUCAGCGAAUCCGUUAGCGGCUUUAAACGACGACGGUCUCUGAGUCCAGAGUCUGGAGAAGAUGCAGACAGAAAGAGGCAGAGGAUGCUACGCCCUGCUUCUUCGAGUCUUUCCGCUCUUCCAGGCGGUCGUACGGCGUCCAUGUCGAUGCUGCCACCGCCCGCCCGCGUGUCAGCAUCGAACCCAUUAUCUGACUUGCCGUCGACGUCUUCUCAUAGUCAAUUGACCAGUUUUCCUUCAGCCUCUGCACCUAUGCUUCGACACAGUGCCUCCUUCACGACACUCCAAGAUCUCUAUAGCAGCAUCGCACCAACUCGGCCUCGGACUCGUCAUCCCGAAUUAACAAUCUGGGAGAGCAAAACGUUUCGCGAAAAACUUAAUGCAACAAACCUCGGUGCCGUGCCCCCUCUGCUCUCUCGCAGCCAAUCUGUUUCGUCCCUCCGUCCCUCUGGCCCACCCGAGUUGCAUGACGCGUCGGCGAAGUACCACCUUCAGAAACGCGACGUGACUAUCGACUUCAAUCCCCCAGUCCCUUUCGACGACAAUCUCUCUGUCGCCCUAGCGUGUUCCAAGCAUAACAUCCUAUUCUUCCCCCGUCGCAACCGUAUCUUCUGUAAGAAACUGUCAUCAAAUGAUGUUGCCACCCAAAUGUGCAAGGUCAAAGAUGGCAAGCUUACGGCCAUGGCCAUUGGGGCGUUUGGCUCGGAGGGUGUCGAGUCGAUCGCGAUAGCUUCUCGUGCCGGAUUGAUCGAGAUCUGGGAUAUCAAGACGAUGCAGAAGCUUAUCAGUUUUUCGAUGAAGGCGCCUACUGCCCUUGCCUGGAAUGGACCCGUCCUGACGGUGGGCAACGCUGAAGGUAGCAUAAGGCAUUACGAUACCCGGUUGGACAAGGAUAAGAUGAAGAAGGGCUUGAAGGUCAUCAGAUACCACAAGGCUAUGAUUGCCAAGAUCGCGUACAACUUUAAUACCAGCAACUAUAUGUUCGCUACUGGAGAUGUUGACGGGAACGUUUUGGUCUGGAAUGCAAAGACCAACCAGCCGAUGAAUGUAGGGGAUCUUGUUCCCGAGUCUGCGAGGAGACUCAGAAGCGAAAGCUACCCGAAGGAAAUCAAGCACACUGCCCCGAUCACUGCCAUAUCUUGGGCCCCCUGGAAUUCCAAGCUCUUCGCAGCUGGUGACAAAAAUGGCCUAACCCGCGCAUGGAUAGUGGAUCCCACCUCUCCUAUUUCUGAUAUUGUUCCUGGUCGAACAAUGGAUUACGGAACGCGCGUCGUCUCUAUUCAUUGGUCAUACAACGUUAAGGAGUUCCUUACGGUUCACGGCGAGAUAACGACCAAAUAUAACCCCUCUGAACAUGGCGAGAUCCCGAAAGCUAAUACAGUUGUAUCGCAUCAUUACCCGAGUCUGUACGAGAUCAAUUCCGUGUCGAUAGGCGAUGACGUGCGAGGCAACGUUUGCGGGAGUGUCAUGAACAGAGACGAGACGAAGAUUAUUUUGGCGGUUCCCCGGCCACCGGCAAAUCUUCCACCUACUGAGGCGGAUAUCGCAUCUGCUGCUGCCGCUAAUGCUGUUCAGGCGGCUCUUGCGGCCAUUGCGAGGGCGACGAGAAACGCUACUGCGAUACGAACCGCUGCCGCCGCGGAAGCCACUGCUACAACGGAAGCCACUCCCACGACAACCACUGUUUCGGAGGGAUCUACUAUUGCGACGGCGGUAGCCACCACGUCCAGGACGGCAGCCUCUGCCGUGACAGAGGCAGUUGCUACACCUAGACGAUGGACUAGCGUAAGGACUGGAGCCAUCACGCCCAGACGAAGGACCGUCGUCACAACAGAGAUAUCUGGUACUCCGUCUCGAAGGGCUACUGGUACGAGGGCCACACAGACGGCUACUCCUGGGAGACGGGCUGCCAACACCACGACUGUAAAUGCUAUUGCCUCUCCAGUUGUGGCUUCUAUUGGGAUGACUACCACAACCACAAGUGAAGUGGCUCAGAUUUCUGGACGACAAAAUAGUACGAUCGAGGGGUCAACGCCUGCACCAGGGGGAUCAUCCACUGCGACGGGUACAGCUACGGUGGCAGCGAGGACGCCCAAAAAGCAACGUCCGGUGAACGGAAAGCUGUAUGUCUGGAACGCGUGGGGCAUUCCAUACAUCCCUCCGGAACCCAGCAUCGAAAUGAGGCUGAUGACCUGUAUUCGCUAG